GAAGGAAUCAACCUCAGAGAGAAUACCAGAUCCAUCUCUCAGGCGACGGGAUUGCAGAUAAUUGUUGUGUGCCCCGUCGUCGCCAGGCUGGGGAUUGCAUCGAGGCUUUCUCCAGCUCAAAUUUAAGAUAUUUUGACUCAUAGUGAUUCAGAAAAUGAAGGACCAACGGCCCAAAUCUUUGAAGCCUGCCACAAUCCAUGGCUUUGCGCAGUCUGGAGAUAUCAAUGCAUUCCAGAGGUUGCUUCACAACAACCCUUCUCUUCUCAAUGAUCGGAACCCUGUGAUGGCACAGACACCCCUUCAUGUUUCUGCUGGUUACAACAAUAUUGAGAUUGUAAAACUUCUUCUUGAUUGGCGAGGACCUGAGAAAGUGGAAAUGGAGGCCAUGAAUAUGUAUGGAGAAACUCCAUUGCAUAUGGCAGCAAAGAAUGGGUGUAAUGAGGCUGCAAAGUUGCUCCUUUCUUGUGGUGCUAGUGUUGAGGCAAAGGCAAAUAACGGAAUGACUCCUUUACAUCUAGCUGUCUGGCACUCACUUCGAGCCGAAGAUUGCUCAACUGUUAAUACAUUGCUAGAGUAUAAAGCCAGUUGCAGUGCUGAAGAUAAUGAGGGAAUGACUCCUUUGAAUCAUCUGUCCCAAGGACCAGGUAAUGAUAAAUUACGGGAUCUCCUCGUACGACAUCUUGAAGAACAAAGAAAACGAAGAGCCAUUGAAGCAUGCAACGAGAUCAAAGCCAAGAUGGAUGCACUUGAAAUUGAAUUAUCAAAUAUAGUGGGCCUAGAUGUGCUGAAGCUACAACUACGGAAAUGGGCAAAGGGGAUGCUUUUAGAUGAGAGGAGACGAUCCCUUGGACUUAAAAUUGGAGUCAGAAGACUGCCUCAUAUGGCCUUUCUUGGAAAUCCUGGAACAGGUAAAACUAUGGUAGCCCGAGUCUUAGGGAAACUACUGUACAUGGUGGGAAUACUUCCAACAGAUAAAGUAACAGAAGUGCAAAGAACAGAUUUGGUUGGAGAAUUUGUUGGGCAUACCGGGCCAAAGACAAGAAGAAAGAUUCAAGAAGCCGAGGGUGGUAUUCUCUUUGUAGAUGAAGCAUACCGCCUUAUACCAAUGCAAAAGUCUGAUGACAAAGAUUACGGAUUAGAAGCAUUGGAGGAGAUCAUGUCUGUCAUGGACACUGGAAAAGUGGUUGUCAUAUUUGCUGGGUAUAGCGAACCCAUGAAGCGUGUAAUAGCUUCAAAUGAGGGCUUCUGCAGAAGGGUGACAAAGUUUUUCCACUUCGAUGACUUCAAUAGUGAAGAUUUGGCCAGGAUCCUUCAUCUUAAAAUGUGCAGUCAGGGUGACAGUAGUCUUUUGUAUGGAUUUAAGUUGCAUCCUUCGUGUAGCAUAGAGGCCAUCCAAGCGAUGAUCGAACUGGAAACGAGUGAAAAACAGCGUAGAGAGAUGAAUGGAGGUCUAGUAGGUCCGAUGCUGGUAAAUGCUAGAGAGAAUCUGGAUUUGAGGAUUGAUUUUGAAUGUGUGGACACAGAGUCUUUGCUUACCAUCACCUUGGAGGAUUUGUCAGCGGGGCUUCGGUUGUUGACGCGUUGAGUGACGAGAAGUAGGAGCUGUUCAUUCUUUGUCUACUAUCACAGCAGGUAGACCAUACAAAUUGGUUUAUCUUUUGUAUUUUGGUUUGUUUUCAUGAGUAUUAACCCAAUCUGUAAUUCAUGUUCAUUCAUCUGACUAACUCUCACUGAUUCAUAUUUUUUUUUAUUGAUUUGUAUGUUACUAAGCCUUAAUGCUUCAAUGGAACGUUUUAUUCGACUA